AUGAGAGAGAAAAUCUCAUGUGCAGCUAUUGGUGAGGGGAAUCUGCUGUUGACUUGUCUGCAAGAGCUGCAACAUCGCAAUUUCCGGAUUAACGUUGUCUUCACAAACAGCGAGUGUGCGAGAACAUUUUGCGAAACGAAUGACAUACCGUGCUAUGCGCGUGGGUCACAUCUUGUUGAAGUUCUGAAACAAUUCACAACUCACUUUUUGUUCAGCAUUUCCAAUCCCCGAAUUUUAAAGGAGGAUGUCCUUCAAAUACCAAGGUUAUUGACAAUAAAUUACCAUGACAGUCCGCUACCAGCUUAUGCCGGGGUACAUGCAACGUCCUGGGCAAUUAUGCAAGGUGAGCGUACGCAUGGAAUAAGCUGGCACGUCGUGGAAACUGGAAUCGAUACGGGUGACAUUCUUGAGAGUGAAACUGUUGAAAUACUUGACGACGACAGUGCAUUGACUCUGAAUUUGAAGUGUGUAGAAGCAGCAAAGCGAUCGUUUUCACGUUUAGCAGACCGCAUUGAAUGCAACAAUAUAAAACGUGUUAAGCAACCUGAAAAUGGCCGUUCAUAUUUCGGAUUAUAUGCGAUUCCCCCGAAUGUUGGAGUUUUAAACUUCAACAAUGAUGUGGACGCAAUCUACAAUGCAGCAAGAUCUCUCGAGUUUGGGCACCAUGAAAAUGCCUUAGGAAGUCCGAAAAUAAAGGCUCCAUCAAGUCAGUUCUGUUUGGUUACUAACGUGACAAAAUUAAAGUAUUCUUCAAAAUAUCCCAGCGCUAAACCAGGCGAAAUACUUCAGAUUACGAGUGAUACAAUUGUGGUUGCAACAAAAAACGACCCAAUACAAGUGUCUAUUGCAGAGUUGCACGGUUGCACGAUUCCACCUAACCUGUUCGUUGAUUAUGGACUUAUCGUUGGAAAUACAAUUGGUGAUGAGCUGGACAUUAAUGUUGACAGACUGGUAGCUUUACGAAAGAGAGAAACAUUCUGGAGAAAGAAAUUGUGUAAAUAUGAACCAACAAUGUUUUACAGACAGAAAAUGAAUGUUGUUGCUAGCAUUAUUGACGUUUCCAAUGACGUGAAUAUAAAGACAGUAACUAUUGGCCUCCCGAAGUUCGGAUCAAGUGUGAUCAAUGCAACAAACGAUAUACUUUACACACAGGCAUGUUUCGUUGCCUUCUUUGCACGCGUGAAUUGUACACCGAUAGUUCAUAUUGGUAUGCUUGCAGACAAAAAAGAUAUUCCCAAUAAUUGUUGCGGAAUAUAUAGUGACAUAACACCCUGUGUGUUUGAUAUAGAUCACAAUGCACAUGCAGUUGACGUUGUUGAGGAUUGCAUGAAAGAAAUCAAACACUGUAAAGAUGCAGGGACAUAUCUCGCGGAUAUGCUGUACAGAUACCCUGAGCUGAGAGGUACGAAACGCUCACAACACCACAACAUCGUACUUGCAAACACAAGACGAAAUAACAUUUCGCAGGACGAACUUCAUAGGAUUCUCCGUGAAUGCAACGUGUUGCUUUUCUUCGGGGACGAUUGUGGGGCGCAACUAGAAGUACUCUACAACGACAGACUAGCCCAAGACUUCAGCCAUGUGACAGGUGUUCUGCAACAUUUUUCAACAUUUCUGAGCGCCUUGGAAACUUCUACCGAAGACCCUUUGAAGAACGUAUCUCUGGUCACAAAGAAUGACUUAAAUAAGUUCUAUUCUUUGCCGGCGGAUAGAGAAUUAGAAAAUCCAACGACAGGAAGUAUUGCAGAACUGAUUGAACGGCAAUGUAAACUAACGCCUGUUAGUAUUGCAAUCAAGUCCACUGAAAAUAUGAUGACCUACAGCAAACUUGCCAGUGAAAUUCAAUUACUGGAACGAAAACUUAUCAAUACCGUGUACAAGUCCAGACAAGCGACAAAACCGGUCAUUGCCCUACAUAUGCCGAAUUCAAUAGCGUAUGUGGUAUCUCUCUUAGCCGUGACAAAAACUCGUCUCGCGUUUUUACCGAUUCCUGUUGAUCUUCCUGCGGAAAGAAUAGUCUUCACCAUGAAAGACGCAGGCGUUCGCCAGAUGAUGAUGACAAGAGAUUGGUAUCAAAAAUGCUAUUUAAAUGGAAUGACAUCAAGCAUGCAACUCCUGUUUGAGCACAGGACACUAGAAGAAACUGUCGUUAUGGUAGAGUUUGGACUAGGUAAGAACAGAAAUGACGAUAUCAACAACUCCAAAAUCAGUCCAAAUGAACAUUGGACAACCGAAAUCCCCACUGGGCUUUCUAACAGUCAAACAGUAAAAGAUGACUUCCUAUAUCUCAUGUACACAUCAGGUUCAACGGGACGUCCAAAAGGCGUUAAAGUUAAGGAAUCUAGCACUAUCAAUCUUGCGCGCGCUCAGAUUCACUGCUGGGAUCUUGUGCCAGGCGAAAUCAUCGGACAGUUUGCAUCGAUUGGGUUUGAUGCUUCUGUUUCAGAAGUGUUCACUGCAUUUUUGUCUGGUGCUUCGCUGGCUGUUUUGGGCAAGACGGAACGCCUUGGAAGCGAGUUUCUGUCAGCAAUGACAAAAAUGAAGGUGUCCGUUAUAACAUUGCCGCCUUCAGCGUUGAACAUAUAUUCACCGGACGAUCUACCUUUCUUAUAUAAGGUUAUUACAGCGGGAGAAGCAUGCACACUUAACGUUGCCUUAAAAUGGACAGCUGAUCCUAAAGUACGUUUCUUCAAUGCAUAUGGACCGACGGAGGCAACUGUCUGCGCUACCUGCUUUGAGCAUCUCCCUGGAACGGUUUACGAGGACGUCAACCGCGAACUUCCGAUCGGGAAAGCAAUUGAUGGGGCACAGGUCUACGUUUUUGAUGAUUUCAUGCAUCCUAUACCGCCUGAUGUUGUUGGAGAGAUAUACAUCGGAGGAAAAGGACUUGCGCAUGGAUAUAUUGGACAUGCCUCUCAAUUCACAAAAGAGAAAUUUGUACAGAACCCCUUGACAGACGGCAAGUGCCUUCUCUACAAAACAGGAGAUUAUGCUUUUCAAGACAAAACUGGUAACCUCACAUACGUCGGACGGACAGACGAUCAGGUCAAAAUUCGUGGAAACAGAAUUGACCUAAGUGAAAUAGAGCAAGUUCUUAUACAACAUCCAAAUAUAGAAUUGGCUGUUGUAGUUGUCCAUAAAUGUGAAACUACAAAAUAUUUAGCCGUAGCGGCCUACGUCGCUCCAUCGUCUAUUUAUAUAUCGGAGCUGCGUGAAUAUCUAGUGAAGGUACUACCAAAGUACAUGAUACCAACAUAUAUAAAGGAGCUCGAAGUUGUUGACCUUCCCAAGACUGUGAAUGGAAAAAUCGACAGAAAGAAAUUAGAGCUUGACGAAAGCGUCCACGCGCAAACUGUUACCAGCGGAAACAGCCAUUUAAGUAAACUCCAGCUGACAGUGGCAAAACACUGGUGUAACGUUUUCAGCUUUGAAGAGUCGGCGUUGUACUCCUUUCACAGACAAAGUUCCUUCAGUGAACUUGGGGGCAAUUCCCUGCAACUUGUUCUGCUCAUGCGUGCUCUAGAAGACGAGCUAGAUGUGCGACUUUCAUUUACAGACCUUGGAACUGCAGAAACCAUCGAAGAAUUUGCAGAAGUUAUCAGAAGGAAGCGAUAUAAUCAAUCAACGAACGAACAUGGCGUGUUGAAAUCAAAGUCAGAUCUUCGCGAAUUAAUUAUACAUGAUUCAGAACUUGACAGUAGCUUCUUUCCACAUCCAGAAAGGCGACGGUCCGUGCAGUUGAAACCUGACACAGCUCCUCUUCACAGGCAGACUUUUGGAAGACAGCCAAAAAACAUACUGCUCUCUGGUGUCACUGGAUUUUUAGGGGCGUUUCUGCUAUCUGAAAUAUUGGAACAAUCUAACUCACAUAUCUACUGUAUGGUAAGAGAGUCCACAGAAUCAAGAGGCAUUGGCAGAAUCAUAGACAACAUGCGAAAGUAUGGACUGUGGAAAUUCGAAUAUGCUUCCCGAAUUGUAGUGGUUCUUUCCGAUAUUUCUCAGGAACACCUGGGAAUCGCAUCCGCCGUUUACCGCUCGUUAUGCAAACUAAUAGAUGUUGUUUUCAUGAAUGCCGCUGUAAUGAACUUCAACACACCUUACGAAGAGCACAGAGUUGCAAAUGUUCUUGGCACGAAAGAGUUCAUCCGCUUUGCAUCAACGGGGGUACACAAGUACCUUUUCACCACAUCGUCGCUCAGUGUGUUCUUGUUUCCACCUGAGAAAACCACAAACAACUGUUCGAGGCAAUUGUUGAGCGAAUCUGAAUUCUUCGAAGAUCCAUUGUGCAUCGAAGGUGGCUACGGCCAAAGCAAAUGGGCAAGUGAGAGGCUGGUUAUGCAAGCGCUAUAUUUCCUUCCAGGCGGUGCUAUAUUUCGGCCUGCACGAGUUUCUGGAAGGAGCACGGACGGUACGGGUCCAACGAACGAUCUGUUUGCAAGUAUGAUGAUCGGCAUGAAAAAGAUGGGCUCUUAUCCCGAUAUGGAUUUCCCGUUCGACCUUACUCCAGUGGACUACUGCGCUAAGUCAAUGGUUGAGAUCACACUUCAGACAUGCCAGUCUGAAGAAACUUAUCCGCCACCUCGUGUUUAUCACCUGUUCAACCAAGACACGAUCCCGUUCAAUGAACUGUUUAAGGGGAUGGGACUCAACGCAUUGCCUCUAGAAAAAUGGCGAGAAGAACUGAAAAGAAUUGACUCCGACAAUAAGCACCUGCUUCCAUUUACACCAUUCUUUCUCUCCAAAUUCUGGGACCGGGCACCUGAUUGGCCAGUCUUUCAGACCACGAAUGUGGACGACGUAAUAUCGGAGAAAGCAAAGGGAUUGUUGAAUCCGUCAAAAGAGCUGCUGGCGGUAUAUAAACGAUUCUUUGGUCUGAAUAAAGAAAAAUGA